UUAAAUAUUCGCCAGAGGUCAUAAAUCGAAAUUACUUUCCGCGUAUCCUUGUACAUGACAAACAGGGGUCAUUUAAAUGGAGAGGAGAACCGAAAGUGGAUACUUCCUUGUAGGUAGCCAAUGUGUCACAUGCAUAAAUAUGGCUGAACAGUUUAUUGCUGGGUUCAGUCGUGACACCGCACGCACUGUCUCUCCUCGUUAGCUGUUCACCUGCUUUCACCAUAUCGGCACCUAACGGAACGGUGAGCGUGAACUGGAAACACCCAGAGUUGUUACUCGUUGGACUCAGAAGAGAGCGUAGCGAAAACUGCCUAGCUAGCCGCUCUGACGGCAAGUGAUUGAGCUGUUUUGUGGAACGUCAGCUAGUGUUAUUUGUUGCAUCUCUGGUGUGUAAGGUAACGCGUAUUGACGCUUGUUGGUCGCUUGCUAACUAGCUUUUUCGAUUGUAACUAGUUAAAACUUUAAUACUGUUGGCAAUGUGAGGAAAUUCCGUUUGAAUAGAUGUCCGAUUGCAGAGAAAUGUUACAGGCGGGGGGUCGCUGAAAUGAAUGUUUCAGGUGUUGUUUCUUCGGUUAAGUUAAAAAGCUUGUGAUUGAGCAACAGGAUUGUACCAUAUGUGUUGCAAACUAGCUAGCUACCUACCCUUGAAGCUGAGUCACAAAGUGCGUAGCCAGCUAGGUAGCAGUGUAGCUAAAUUUUAUUUAGCAGUUGAAAGUGCGGAGACAUGAAGUCAUACUGCAGAAGUACUGGAUAACUUCUCCCCAAUGCCUUAUUUAACUAGAAAGUGAAUAAAUAUGAUUGGUUCCCCUGAUCUGGUGCCUUUUACCAACGAGGAUGGUUUUGGGGAGGCAUAUGUUGACCCCUGUAAGAUCCCAGAAGAGUUUUGUGUGCCUCUUUUUCCUCAUUCUGGAAACGCCAAUCCCUGGUCAAAGACUUCCUAUGCUAAAUUCACCAAGGACUUUAUUCUCAUUUCUGAGUUUUCUGAACAAGUUGGGCCACAGCCUUUGCUUACCAUCCCAGAUGAGUCUAAAGUUUAUGGAACCUUUGAUCUCAACUAUUUCUCCUUACGGAUCAUGUCUGUGGAUUACCAAGCCUCUUUUGUGGGGCACCCCCCAGGUUGUGGCUAUCCAAAGCUCAAUUUUGUGGAGGAUUCAAAAGUUGUGCUUGGAGACUCAAAAGAAGGUGCUUUUGCAUACGUCCAUCAUUUGACUCUGUAUGACUUGGAGGCCCGUGGCUUUGUUAGGCCAUUCUGCAUGGCUUACAUUUCAGCGGAUGAGAGAAAGAUCAUGCAGCAAUUCCUAGAGCUGUCAUCUGAGUUUUCCAAGGCCUCAGAGUGUUUGAAAACUGGAAACCGAAAAGCUUUUGCCAAUGAGCUUGAAAAGAAACUAAAAGACCUGGAGUAUACUAGAACUGUGCUGCACAAGGAGACUGAGCUGCAGAAAAAGAACAAUGGCUGCUUUUCAGCUCAAGCAGUAGAGAAAGCCAACGAGUUAGCUAAUAUUGAAAAAUCUAUAUAUGAACAUAAAGAUUUGUUGAAGCAGAUUACAUCCUACCCAAACAGAAAAAUUAAUGAUCCUGAAUUUCUACCGUAUGAAUCGGUCAAUGCUACAGACUCAACUGAAGUCGAUCAGGAACACGCAUUCAGUGAAUACAACUCUGAAAAUCAGUCUGAGGAUCUCAGUAUUAAACGAAGAUCUUCUUACACUCCUCAGCUCAUAAAAGCCAAGUCAGCCAAAUGCUUUGAUAAGCGCUUGAAAACACUGGAAGAACUCUGUGACUUGUACUUCUUCCAUCAAACAAUGGAUCAGCUGCGGCUGAUUGAAAAGACCUUCAGAGGAGACCUGUGCUAUAUAUACACCAGCCAGAUUGACAAGGCUUUGUUGAAGAAACAGAAAAUCACAAACUUCCUCUUUGAGGACAGUGACUGGGAGGAAGAUGAAGCCGUGAUCCAUUUCUCUGAUGAGAAACAGACUCUGAUCAACAACCUACCUCCUCCAGCUUCAAUGCUGUCGGGUGAGCCAGUGAGUCUGGAUUCCUACACCUCCUGUGUUGAGACGGUGCCCAUUAAGCUAGAAGCAGAAACUGAACAGGGCCUUCAUGAAACUGAGCUGACUGAGUCCAGCCCCUGUGAGCUCACGCGGGACAAUUUUGAUGAAGGCAUCGAUGCUGAAAUGAAAGGGAGUAUAAGCAGUGGUGAGAGCAUUGAGGUGCUGGGAACUGAGAAGUCUUUUAAAGCUCAGGGACAUACAGUGAAUCCAGACAGUGUGCCAAACCUUCAGCCACAGCCUGAAGUCAUUAGGAGGAGAAUUAUUACCAGAAGGGCUUACAGUGAGGACAGCAUUGACGUCUUGAGUACUACUGACUCUAUUAUACCUGAGGACCUGAGGGCAUCCUACCCAAGUGCCAUUUAUGAAGAGGAGCCUCCUGUGGAGAACUGCACAGAUGCUAGUCCUAAUCAAAUAUCAGUGUUGAAUAAGGCCCCAGGAAUGCUGGAUGAGUGCACUUAUGUGUCUGGGGCUGUAGUGCAGGCGGAUGCAAGUUGCUGCAUGGGAAAAGAGGUCCAGACCUAUAAAGAGUCCUCCCCUGAGUUGGCACAAGAGUGCUCUGCGAAUGGGAUAGUCAAACAGGAGCCGCAGUCUUGCCGUCAAGGAGACCCCUCUCUGCAGGUAGACUUUGCUCUUGAGCAGACAACCUUUUCCGAAGCCUCUCCCUCUGGACAUCCUCUGUACGAACUGAACCCCAACUGUCUAUCAGAUGACAUAUCCAAAGUGACCCUCGAUGAUAUGUCUGACAGCACCAGCUUCAUGAGUGCCUCCACUAGCUCCGAUAGAACAUAUUCACCUGUCCUCUGCGGGAACCCGAUUACUGUUAAGCACAAGAAGAAGGCUGGGCAGAGUGCUUUGAGGUUCAUCAGGCAAUACCCUUUUGCCCAGCAAGCCAUAUUCUGCCUUCUUAGUGGCAGGGUGCUGGUGGUCAUGGGAGCCGAUGAGGGGACAGUGAGAAAGCUGGUGAAUGCAUUAUCAAUUUAUGUACCCAAUGUUGGCAAGUAUGGUGAAAGUGUGAAACAGUGGCUCUCUUCUCCCUUCCAACUGACAGACCUGCAGAACUGGAAGCUUAUUGGCCUUCACAGGAUGGCCUCUCCCACAGGUUCCAGCAUGAUGCACCCCUUAACCCGCUAUAACCGCUACAUCAGCAUCCUGGACAUUGACCACAAGACACUGCGCUGCCCGCCAUACAGAGGUUCCCUGAUCGGACGAAUGGUCGACCACCGUACUCAGAUCAAGCGUGGAAGCACUUACUUCAUGCACGUGCAGAGUAUGCUAACACAGCUCUCUUCCAAGGCUUUCCUUUAUACCUUCUGCCAUCAUAUCCACCUGCCUAUCGCUGAAGACGAAGACCAAGACACAGUGGCGUCACGGAGGGCCAGCUUCCUGCUCCACCAGCUGGGCUACAAUGAGGAGGACUGCAGAAUCAUGCAGUUUCUGUCUGAGCUCAUCAAACACCAUUACCUGCAUGGUCCUGGCAAGGGGGUCAGCCUGCCUGUGCUCAGCUUUAAUUACAUCACCAGCAUUUUGUACAAAAUUUAGGGCUGAAUGUGUCACAUACUGUAUCAGAUUGUCAAACUGGCACCUAACUAAUACUCUCUUCUCUUCUUACCUGGGUGAGAAUGGGAGACCAAGAAAAAUUAUGAAUGUAAAAGGUUCUCAGUUUAGCCUUUUGUUUGAGUUGCUACCUAUAGUGGUUCCUCAGAUCAGCAGUGUUGGUUAUUUAUAGUGUGUGUUUUACUGUUGUGAUUGGUAUUUGAUCAGUAUUUAUGUAAAUGCCCAGCCCUGUUAAUGAAAACAAUAGCCAUUAAAAUAUACUGUAAUAUGAGCAGAAAUGAUUGUCUCCCAGAUGGUUACCAUACCUAAAAGCCACCAAAAUAUUCUGCCCAUGUGAUUAGUCACAUACAUUUCUAGUCUAAACACAAAUCAGUCUGAAGAGUACCAGCAUGCAUUGAUGCUUCUAAUGCCACACAUUUCUGUGUUUCAUUGAAAAGAAACCAUACUGAAAGCACAAGAGAUGCUCAUGCCAUUUGGUCACAAGUGAGGGGGAAAAAAGCUUUCUAAACCAUUUUGCUGAGGGCUAAAAAUAGUCAGGUGGUGUAUUAUUACCCUGACGAGUUUGAUCAGUGGAACAUUUUGUGUAAUGCAUUAUUCUCGGUCACUUCAGCAGGAAUUUUCAAACAUUGUAUGUGACCCCACUUAUCAGCAGUUGUAGUUAGUUUAAAAUGGCCCUUACGAAUGUUAACAUUUUGAGUAGAGACAAUUGAACAAAAAAAGGCUUUUGGAGUGCGUUUUCAAAAAUGCAAGAACACGUCUUACUCUAAGAAAAUACAUUGCAAUAACAAUAGCAGCUAAAGCAAAAUGAACUUAGGGAUCAGUGAUAUUGUUAGUGUAUCACAUGCAUGUAAAAAUAAUGUAAUGAAUCCAUGCAUUAAUUGAUGAUCAUUGAUUUGAAAGGCUUCCAGUGGGAAAAUGGGAAAUAACCCAGUAUCAGAAUAUCGUACAUAUAUUGCUAGUUUCAAACAGAAUUUUUGGGUAUAUAACUGUGGAAAGGCCACAGCUAUAUUUUUUCCAUAGCAUAUGCUCCAACUGUUACCUUGGUACAUCUGAAACUGUAACUAAAGCCAACAAGCAGUACUAAUAUAAAAACAUUUACGUGAAGGUCAGUAGACUCCUACAAUUUUAGGUUUCUAAAACAACACAAAGGAAAGACUGAUCAAACUUGUUUUAGGUAAAUGUCAUGUUUCAUCCUCUUUAAUUACAUGGAAAGGCCCUGGAAGGGCCCUGAAUAUUAUGCAUGCAGUACUGUAAUGUAAAAAUGUUGCAGAGUUUCACAAGAUAUUGCAUGUUUGAAGGAACACGUUUAGUUUACUCAACAUCCAUCAACCUUUUGUCUCCAUCGUAAAUGGAAAGUGCUGUGGUUAAAAAUUGUUAGACAAACGUAACUGCUCUCUAAAUUUUGAAUUAUGUGCAAGUGAACUGGAUGUCAGCAUGAUAAAGUAACAAUAUGUUGACACAACUAUAAAUAAUCUGUUUCAUGCCUGUCAGUCACAGUAUAUCUGACUGAUUGCUAUUUGAUCAGUAUUUCCGUACAUCUGAUUUGUCCAUCCUGCUGCAUUUUUGAAUUGUCACAUCCUAACAAAUAUGACUGAUUUCAGGACGGUCUCCUGCAAUAAAAUGAUUGGUGAUGUUGACCAGUGAAAAUACGGUCAUUGGUCCAAUAUUAACAGUUAAUGUCAAGGGCUCAUCAGGAUGACAGCCUGUACCAAUUCCAUGGGCUUUCUUACAGUAAUAUCAAACUCCGGAAGCUGUUGCCUCCCCUCUUUUGAUCUUGUACAUCAGUGUGUCAAACACUGUUAAUAACAGGUUUGGUAUAUACCCCAGAAGAUUGUAAAGUGUGACAUUUUAAACUUUCAAGUCGGUAAAUCACUGUGCAAGUCAAAAGUCAUAUUUUUUAAGUUUAUAAGAAGUGUUUACAUUUUAAAUUGUAUAUACACCAUGCAGUGUCUGUUGGAAAAUUAAGCAGGAGGUUGCAUUGAAUGUUAUUUUGGUGUAGCUCAUUUUUGAGGAUAGUGGGGGAAUAUGCUCUCUGGUCAGACUGAAGUUGACU